AUGUCACACCCAGAGGAAUUGGCCGUCCUGGCAGAUGAGGACCUGCUUGACUUCCUCCUGAAGGAUGAUGGUCCCUGCCCUGAAAUCCCAGGGCGGGAGAACAGUCUGCUGGAAGACUGGGACCUGCCAGAGCCUGAGCUCCUGAACAAGGAGAUGGAUGAUUUCAUCAGCUCCCUGCUGAGCCCCUUUGAAGACCAACCAGACGUGCUGCAGGGUUACUCGCCUGCUGACAGUGACAGCAGCGUUUCUGAGGAUCAGAAUCUGUCCCACAGCCCUGGCAGUGACUUUGCCAGCAGCCCUCGGAGCUCAGACAUUGUGCAGUUUGAUCACAACUACUCUCUCCAUCAGAACUGGCCCACGCUUCAAAGUGUGCGGUCUGAAAUGGCAGAAAGAGAUGUUUCCAUUGACCUUGAGACAUGGAUGGGUUUGGAAGGUACAGGUGAGGUACUGGAACAGACCUCCAGUGUGCCCGUCGCUGUUGCUGUGGAUGCUGGACCCCAGUUCGUGCCCGGAAUCACUGUGCAGUCUGACUUCCCAGAGCUGGUCCUGACAGAGGAGGAGAGGCAGCUCCUGGAGAAGGAAGGUGUUUUAUUACCAACCUGUCUGCCACUGACCAAAGCUGAAGAGCAGCUUCUUAAGAAGGUGCGUCGAAAGAUCCGGAACAAGCAGUCGGCCCAGGAUAGCCGUCGCAGGAAGAAGAUCUACAUGGAUGGCUUGGAAAAGAGGGUGGCAGCCUGCACGGCUCAGAACCAUGAGCUGCAGAAGAAAGUGCAGGUGCUGCAGAAGCAGAACAUGUCACUGCUUGAGCAGCUGCAGAAACUGCAGGCCUUGGUGAGACAGUCCACUACCAAAACUACCACAGCAAGCACCUGCAUCAUGGUCCUGGUUCUGUCCUUCUGCUUCAUUCUGUCUCCCAGCUUCUACUCAUUUGGGAGCCGAGAGCUGCAGCCAGAGCUGAGAGUGCUGUCACGGCAGAUCCGCGAGGUUCGUCAGGCUGCACCUGACGUGCCGGAGGAAGCUGUGCUGGAGAGGCCCAGCCCAGAGCCUGCGGAUCCCUCGUUGUUGGGCAGCCUGAGUCAGUCGUGGGAAGAAGAACAGAGUCCGCCCAAACCCAGUCCUAGCUCUGCUUUCAACAGCAACUCGUCCUUCGACCCUCCGGUGACAGCAGGCUCCGAGCUGGGCCCUGCCCAGCCGCAGGAGCAGGGCACUCAACACACCGUGGUGUCGGCUGCGUGGAGAGCCAAGCGGCAGGAGUGGGUGGAACGCACGGCCGUUGUCGUCAUCCAGCAGCACCGUGCAGAUGAGAUGUGA